GCUUGCGCGACCAGCUUUUUCGUAUUACUAAUUAAAUCAUAAAGCGUAUCGCGCACGAUUUGUAUGGCGUCCUCGAUCCUCCGUCUAGAAUAAAAACGAAAAAGUAAAAAAAAUAUCGUUCGCAAAAACGCGUCGAAUCGCGAAUACUUACAUUUAUUCCGCUGUAUCUACGUCUCCCUCCAAUCGAAAUUGAAUUUUGAAAGAAUCCGGACUAUUCUCGAGAACGCCUCGCACUUCUUUGCGCAGCUCCGAGGCGAAAUCUUCUAAAAUAUUUGCCUUUGCAGCUAUCAAUUCUCCAUUUAUGUUAAUAUACUCCGCGGCGUUAACGAUUUUAUUUAUCUGAUCCAUAACUAUUCCUUCGCUCGAACGAAAAAACACUUCGACGUUUCUCGAAACGAUCGCGCAUUUUAUAAGAAUUAACGCACGAAUGCGAAUACGUGGACACGUGUUAUCAAUCUCAUUUCCUGUUCAAAACCGCGUUCUUUCUCUCACUAUAAUACUUUUUCUAAAAAUAUAUAUUAAAAAUAAAAAUCAAUAAAAAAAACAAAAUGAGAAUUUUCUAGAGAACGCAUAUCCCGGAUACCCGACCGCUAUUUAUCACCGUCGAAAGAGACUUUUUCUCGAACGAGUCAUUGAUGCGUCUAUCGCUCUUUUCUUUCCUCGAAAUAUCCUCCCACCUUGCAUUGAAAUCGACGAGAAUAAAAAUAGGCGUUUCCUCGAACGCGAAUCAAUCGAAUCCGGUAUCUCGCGAUAGAUUGUUCCUCGCGUCUCUCUUUCGAUUCAUGCGAUAACUACUAGAACGGCUCUUCUCAUCCUAGCGUCGCCGCAACGUCCAUGGCACCCGUCGACCCGGAGAAGGCGGAGGCGCUCCACUUCUUGCGAACGUACGGUUUUCUGAGGGAGGACAGGGGAUCGCUAUCGUCCGAUAAAGCGACGUUUCUGCGUCGCGCGCUUUCGCUGUUUCAAGAAUAUUAUCCAGUUGCCUGGUAAUGGCGCAUUAAACAUUGAUACGCUCAAUCUCAUGUGCAAACCACGAUGCAGUUUAGCGGACAUUCUCGAUCGCGCGCACAGGAAGAUCACGAAGAAAUGACCGAAAACGCGUCUCACGUGGAAUUUUCAAGUGGCGAACGAGAGACUUUUGCGGACGACUGAAGUGUCAUUUACGCUAUGGGCAGCGAGUUCAUCGUUAAAAUUCAGUCGCAAUUCGCUACAUCCCGAUAUAUUAAUAUCGUAUCGUAAGGGCGCCCACACCUACGCGAAUCGUGAGAACGGCAACGUCUGUCCGGCGGUGUUUAAAGGUCCGGGAGGAGGCCUCGCUCACGCGUUCUUCCCCAGCGGAGCGACAGACUUCACCUCGGAGGUGCACGUCGACAACGAGGAACCGUGACACGUCUAUCUUAACAAAAAUCCCUCUGACAAGUUUCAUAGACUACUACUAACGUUAACUCAUGAGAUCGGCCACGUUUUAGGUCUGCAGUACAGUAUGCGCAACGACUCGAUGAUGUUUCUGUAUAUACCCGACAGCGAACAAUUUUCAGUUAAACUGAGCAUGGAAGAUAUUCUCGCUAUAAAAAAUCUAUAUGGAUCUCACGAAGAUGGAAAUCACCCUACGAUUCCCGCGACUACUCCGACGCCCGCUACCAUCAUAGCGCCUACGAUGUUAGACGUACCCCCGACCGACCUCUCGCGCGGAUCUUUGCGCCUUAUGACGCGUGGACGCGGCCUUGAUAAUGAAUCGGCGUUUGUACAUAACCGACCAACGCAACGUGGUCGGUCAAUUUAAUCGAGAGACGCUACGGUAGGCCUAUGAUGCUAACGGAAUAUGCGACAUUUCUCCCGCAAAAUUUCACGCCUGUCCGCCGCGUAUCAAAGAUGUUCGGGCGAUCUCGCGCUAUUUGCGGGUAAUAAGAUCUAUCUCGCGGAGUAUCCUAGUUUUUAAUUAAAAACGGAUUGGCCGAAAUUUCUUCAUAAUAUCGGACUUUCUCGAGACGCUAAGAUCAACGCCGCGAUAAACACGCACGCGCGACGAACGUACGUUAUCUACGACGACGACAAAGUAGCAGAGAUCGACGAAUGCCGCAUUGCGGUCGCGAAACACCGUUGCAGGAUAUAUUUCCCGGAAUAUCAUCCACGACAACGUCGGCCUACAGACACAUCGACGGUAAUCUAUACUUCUUCACUAAACAUUAAUUCUACGCGUUCAACGAAUUCACGAAUACAGUGAUCUCGGCGGGUCCCUUCGACCUGUACGUUCUCGGUAUCGAGUGCCCAACUGACGGAUUAUUACGAUAAUUGCGGGAUCUUCUCAGUCGCAUCUAUCGUUUUAGCAACGUGACCGAGAGAACCGGCGAAAACGACGAGGACGACUCCUCGCUUCUUUUAAAAAUAAAACGCAAAACUGCGAAAAGAGGAAAGAGCGAUUAAUACGCAAAUAUAUAAUUAUUCAACCGUUAAGCUCUUCAUUAUCAACGACGAACGCCGAAACUCGCGAACGAGGGAGAGAAUAAAACGACGAUGUACACGAUGAUGGGACAACAGCACUCGUUCGAGGAUCGAUUGAGGCUCUCCGAGCGAAAUCGCGAAAAUAACGAAGGAAACGCUAAGAGAACUAAAACAGAUAACGGACAAGAUCGCGAUCGGACGCCGAGAUGCAACGCGGAAGUCGCGAUCGUGCGACCGCUCAGAAUCUUAGGAAGACACUACCCAUUGACAAAAACGGCAUACAAACAUCUGGACAUCAGCAUUAACGUAAGCCGACCCUCGUUCAUCGAAAUCAUUUUCGGAGAUUGUCACGGUAAAGAGAUCUUGCUAACGCCUGAUACGUGGAAGGAGCUGCUCGAUCUACGGCUCACGCUGUCAUACUUCCAGGUCGACGAACGCGACGAGUCGCGCCUCUCAGCGCCGAUACAAAUAGGGCAAUUGACGCUCCGAUUCGGCAGAUUCAACAAUCUCCGAAUUCUCCGUCUCGAAACAUCCAAGAUUCGUCUAGCUAUAUCGAAAAAUACCAUUUUAUACAUGUUAAAUCUGGAACAUUGCAUCAGCCGCAUCGUUACAUCCUUAAACGGUUUAACCGCGUACACCGACAACAAAAUGGCUCGUUUCCUCGACGUUAUCGAGAUCCCUCGACGGUUCCUCUACGGUUCAAGAUCCCGCGCUCGUUCCCGCGGCAAUACGCGACAGCGAGAACUUCGAUCGCAAUGAGCUGAUCAAUUGCGAG